AGAAAAUUCAAUUGUAACACCAGUAGGCAGCAGCAAUUUCCCAGACUCUUCAAAUCCUUCGAACUACAUGUCAUGGCCUGUUCCGUUUUUUACCGACAACCAAUUCGGAUUCAUAUCAACAAUCGCUCAAGUUUCUCCAGUUACCAACUCACCACCAGCCCCUCAAGCUACUAGUACUUCAGCUACAAGGAUUCCUCCAGCAACAAUUGGUAGAGUAAACACGAUUAUUUCUUCACCUGCACCAGUAGAGGUUGUCCACAGUAAUGUAGUAACACCAUUAGCUCCACUAGUAACUCUCAUUAAUCCAUUAAUGAUGGUAAACCAUUCGAUAGAUAAUCCUAAUAUAAUAAAAAGUCCCGUACCUAAACAAGAAGUAGGACCUACAGUAACUGUUAUCAAUCCAGCUAUGAUGAUUAAUCAUUCUAUAGAUAAUCCUAAUAUAAUUAAAAAUCUUGCGCCUAAGCAGAAUACAGAAGGGGUAGAACCGUUAAUUACUUAUUUUGAUCCAAAAUAUCUUAUUAGUUAUUCCAGUACAAUACCUAGUAGUGUACCUUCAGUUACUACUACUUCUUCAAAUACAACAGCUAUUCCAACAUCAAUACCGACUUCAAGUUUAUCAACAUCUACAGUUUCUACAACUAUAUCGAGUGCAGUAGCCACUAAUUCUACUAGUGCAUUAAUAACUAACACUACUCCAUCUGUGCUUACUAUUACUAAGCAAGCUCCUGUGAGUAUUGAAAUAAGUAGUAAUUCUACUGUUACUACUACUUCUACUCCCUUUACGUCCAGACCCAUUCCUAUUUUACUACCUACCAUGAUGAUGCAAAAUGUAUUACCAACUUCUAUUCCAUCAAAGUCAGUAGUACCAGUACUAAGUAUGCCCAUGAAUGUCUUUCCUAGUAAUUUUCAAGUAGAGAUUCCGACUGUAGUCAAACUUGAUGUUAACAUAACACAGAUGCCCAACUACAUCGUUAGCAUAUCUCCAAUUAAUAAUAACGAUUCAGAUAUUGUAGAAAUUUAUGCUGCUGCUUCAAAUAAUGUAGUAUCAUCUUCCAAACUCGAUAUUUCUGAUCCUAAUCUUAAUACAGGUCCUGGUCCUGUCCCUCUCUCUACCACUACUGUGAUGCAAAAUAGGAUAUCUCAGGAAAAAUGUAUUGAGUAUUAUAGUGCUGGUAGAAGAUCUGCAAGAAAGUCUCAAGUUCAAGUUUUCAUCAUUGGAGGACAAAGUUCCAGUCAGAAAGAAUUUCCCCAUAUGGCAGCUUUGGGUUAUGGAAUUAAAAAUGAUAACAACAAUAAUUGGCUCUGUGGAGGAAGCUUAAUUAGUGAACUCUAUGUUGUAACUGCAGCUCAUUGCCUAUUUGAAAAAACUCUAGGUCCUGUAACAUUCGUGAGACUAGGAACAACAACUUUACAAACAGAAACCUUAAAUUCCGAAGAUUACAACGUUGUCAGACGAAUCGCUAAUCCAAAUUAUGUAGACGGAAAACAAUAUAACGAUAUAGCACUCUUAGAAUUAGACAGACCAGUAGUUUUCACCGAAUAUAUAGCUCCAAUAUGUCUGUAUACCUCCACAAAUUUAGCUGGAGCGAAUCUGAUUGCUACUGGAUGGGGUAAAACUAGCGAAAAUGGAGAUGCUGCUAAAGAUUUGCAGAAAGUACGUUUAAAUUAUGUUCCUAUUAAUGUUUGUCAACAAGCUUACAGUAUAGUUCCUAAAGAUGAACUGGCUUAUGGUAUUAUGGAGUCGACACAAAUUUGCGCUGGUACUAAUGAUGGGAGCAAGGAUACAUGUCAGGGUGACUCUGGAGGUCCGCUUCAGGUGCAAGAAGAUGGUAGAAUGUAUUUGGUGGGAGUAACAUCGUUCGGAAUUGGUUGUGGUACACCGUUUAUACCGGGAGUGUACACCAAAGUAUCAAAUUACGUGCCAUGGAUUGAGCAAAUAGUAUGGAGACGGUGAAGAAGACGAAAGGAAGAAUAAUAUAUAUUUUUAUAUACAGCGUAUAGAAAAUAAUUGAUCUUUUAAGAAUGAAUUAACAAAUUUUUUCGAUACUGUUUCAAAAUAUUUCUUUUAAAUAAUAUGGAGAUAGCCACUAAAGGAACUAUAGUUAUUUAUUUAAACAUUAUUUUUUUGGCUUAAUUAUUUACUAUGAUAACAAUCUUGGAAUUAAUAUUAUUAUAAUUUUUAAAAUAUAAACAAAAUUUAUAAUUGGUCAUUGCUUAGCUACUUAUAUUAGAUCCUAAAAUACGUAUAAGCUUUUUAAGGUUAGGUUUACGUUCCAAUAAAUGUAGAGAUUAUUCAUGGAAGAAUAACUUAAAAUAUGAAAAUUUUUUAUAAAAUUCUUUUUUACUGAAGAGAUAAAAAUGUAACAAAAAAUUUAUUAUUGUAAAAAAGGAUAUCAUCCUUUUUAUGUCUAUAAUGAAAAAUAUAUAUCUACGACGAAUUAAAAAUAAUUCUAAAAUCUUUCCACCAGUAGCGUAGAAUUUAAAGAGAUCAAAUUCAUUAUCUGCUUCUAUCACACUCUUUCGGUAUUAGGUAUACAUUUUUUUCUCUCUCAUUUUAUUAUUAUAAAGUACUUAAACUGAAACUUUCUCACAAAUUGACUAAAAUCAUUUUUAAAUUUUUAAAAUUUAUUUAUUUUUUACAUUUUAGACAUCCAGUUAUUUAUUUUAUAUAUAUUAAAGGUUUAAAAUACA